UAAAGGAGGUGACUGCAUUUCCUCGCCAGGAAUUCCUGAGUCUUAUGCUACUGUUUUAGGAGGAGAAACAUAUAUCCUCAGCUUCACCAGAUAUAAAAUGGAAAAUGCAGUGGUUCAUGAAGCAGCUAAAUCAGCCACGACUUGCAUUAAAGGAAGAUAAGAUGCUCCAAGUCACUUGCAGCUCUCUGCAAAAGGAAAAUCACUAGUGCUCUGCUCUUGCCAUAAUACCAAACCUUUUGACUUAUGCAUUGGUGCUGCAACACACUGGAAGAAUUGCACACAGGUUCCAGGAAUUACCCCCCCCCCCGCCCCAUUUGAGUGAUUCUUCGUUGGAUGGAAAAAGAUUUGAGUCUUAAUAAUUACCCUGUUUUAAGCCUAUUCUCUAUAGUCUGAACUGCUUAAUAAAUUAGGCCACUUACUAAUGAGCCACACAGCCAGUUCUUGUCAGGAGCUGGUUGAAAACCGUGCUGUGCACGUAGCAGGAAUGGCACAAGAAGAUAGCCGUCGUGGUCAAGUGCCAUCUUCCUUUUAUCAUGGUGCCAACCAAGAACUCGACCUGUCCACCAAAGUGUACAAAAGGGAAUCAGGAAGUCCUUAUUCUGUGUUAGUGGACACCAAGAUGAGCAAGCCACAUCUCCAUGAAACAGAGGAGCAGCCGUAUUUCAGGGAGACAAGAGCAGUGUCUGACGUGCACGGUGUUAAAGAAGACCGAGAGAAUUCUGAUGACACAGAAGAGGAGGAGGAGGAGGAAGUCUCCUACAAAAGGGAGCAGAUCAUAGUGGAGGUAAACCUUAAUAAUCAAACGUUAAAUGUGUCUAAAGGGGAAAAGGGUGUCUCUUCUCAGUCCAAAGAGACUCCUGUUCUUAAGACAAGCAGCGAGGAGGAAGAGGAAGAGAGUGAGGAAGAGGCCACGGAUGACAGCAAUGACUAUGGAGAGAAUGAAAGGCAGAAGAAAAAGGAGAAGACGGUGGAGAAGGUCAGCGUUACACAGAGGAGAACCAGGAGAGCUGCCUCUGUUGCCGCAGCUGCCACUUCCCCUACUCCCAGAGCUACGAGAGGUCGUAGGAAGAGUGUAGAGCCUCCUAAGCGUAAGAAGCGGGCCACAAAGGAGCCCAAAGCACCAGUCCAGAAAGCUAAGUGUGAAGAGAAAGAGACUCUGACCUGUGAGAAGUGCCCCAGGGUGUUUAAUACUCGCUGGUACCUGGAGAAGCACAUGAACGUUACUCAUAGGCGCAUGCAGAUUUGUGAUAAGUGUGGCAAGAAGUUUGUCCUGGAAAGUGAGCUGUCCCUUCACCAGCAAACAGACUGUGAAAAAAAUAUUCAGUGUGUUUCCUGUAAUAAAUCGUUCAAGAAACUCUGGUCCCUUCAUGAACAUAUCAAGAUUGUCCAUGGAUAUGCAGAAAAGAAAUUUUCCUGUGAAAUUUGUGAGAAGAAAUUCUAUACCAUGGCUCAUGUACGGAAACAUAUGGUUGCACAUACAAAAGACAUGCCAUUUACCUGUGAAACCUGCGGAAAGUCAUUCAAACGCAGUAUGUCACUCAAGGUGCACUCCUUGCAGCACUCUGGAGAGAAGCCCUUCAGGUGUGAGAACUGUGACGAAAGGUUUCAGUACAAGUACCAGCUCCGCUCCCACAUGAGCAUCCACAUCGGGCACAAGCAGUUCAUGUGCCAGUGGUGCGGCAAGGACUUCAACAUGAAGCAGUACUUCGACGAGCACAUGAAAACACACACUGGAGAGAAACCCUUUAUCUGUGAAAUCUGUGGCAAAAGCUUCACCAGCCGCCCCAACAUGAAGAGGCACCGUAGGACUCACACAGGCGAGAAGCCCUACCCGUGUGACGUGUGCGGCCAGCGGUUCCGCUUCUCCAACAUGCUUAAGGCCCACAAGGAGAAGUGCUUCCGGGUGACCAGCCCCGUGAACGUGCCGCCUGCUGUCCAGAUCCCACUCACAACCUCCCCAGCCACCCCAGUUCCUUCUGCGGUGAACACCCCCACGACCCCCGCCCCUCCCGUCAGUAUGAACCCUGUCGGCACUCUGCCCCCGCGGCCCAUCCCGCACCCCUUCUCACACCUUCACAUCCACGCUCACCCUCACCACCCACACCACCUGCCCAUCCCCCCCGUCCCUCACCUCCCCCCACCUCCAGCUCUCUUUAAGAGUGAGCCUUUAAACAACAGAGGCCAGGGUGAGGACACGUUUCUGCGGCACCUGGCAGAGAAGAGCAGUGCCGCACAGCAUCACUAACAUCCAUCUCCUUAAGUGUGUUCUCCACGAGUCGCGUGCCCCGGUGUGAGCUUGCAGAGAGGGGGUUGGUGAGCGUUUCUGUAGCUGUCAGACCCUCAGCCUCCACCAGGAGCUUUGUCAUUGUCUUGGUGAAUCAGCACAUCCGAGGGAGUGAACGAGAAGACCUUGAGCUCACGGAGGGAACUGUCAUCUAAACCAGGGAACCACCGAAGUAAAGCCCAAUUUGCUUGCAUUUUCUGGUGACUUUUAUAAAUUUCAAAUACUCAGACUUGUGGAAUUUUAUAAUUUCAUAUCAGCUGAUGAGGUAUGCUUGCUUUUAUAUCCUGGACUUCUCCUCAAAGAGGGGACAGGCCUGGUUUCCUUUGUACUAAUCGGGAAGGCUGUGAGAUUAAUCCAGAGCAUUAAUUGUAUCACUGUGUAUCGUAACAAAUUAUUUUCAGCUUUUGGUGCUGGCUUCAGAGUUGAGCUAGCUGUGUUUCACAGUAUAUCAAGCAUUAUAGAGAAAGACAGAAAUUUUCUUCUUUGUGUAGCUCUCCUAAUGCACUCUUUAUUUUACUACAGAAAUUAUUUUAGAGUUUUUGUAUAGACUUCUUUAGUAGUCUGUUUCUAAAAUGAAAUGUAUUUCAAUAAGCGGUGUAAUUUUUUCAGUGUAGCUGGACCUAUGUUGUAAAAUAGAAAAAAUUUUUAUAAUCAUCAAAAUGUGAUUCUUAAAGAUGCAUAUAACUUCUAUAGUUCAAAGUUAUUCUUACAUCCGUACAACUCAAAGGUGCUUCAGAAAGUAGAUGUAUCUCAGAGGGUCUCCAGACCAAGUUACUGCAAAAAAUGAGGUUUUGCUUUCAGAACUUGACGUAAGUCCUUGGUAGUUUUUUAAUCUCUGCUUAACACUUGGGGGGUCUGUUAGGCUUAUGGACAUGCUCUGUCCUCCAUGCUCUGUUUGGUUCAGUUAGUGUGUUAAAUGGAAUGAUUUGCAGGGGGUUGAGCCUUUUCCAGGGAAGUCACCUGAAGCUGGCCUGUUUUGAAAAUCUGAGUCAAGCUGUAUACCAUCAAGAGGAGGAAGUUGGGGAGGCUGUUUCAUCUCAGUCACGUCUCACUUCCCUCAGAACUGUGUUCAGAUUCAACCUUUGUGGGAUGACAGAUUGAAGUCUCCUGCUACACUGCUCAUUUUGAGGUUGCUUUGUUUUUCUAGAAUUGUUGUGGAAAGAUAAAAUAGUACAUUAAAAUCAAAACAUGAUGUUGCUGAUAGUGGCUGAGAAAUUUGGAUAAGAACACAAAUGGGUUAUGACUUUUAAAAUGUCUCUUGUAUCAGUGGAUAUAGUCACAACUUCAAGCUGUUCAACACAGUUAAAAUUGCAGUAAGGGAAAGAACGUGACAUUUUGCUGCCCUGUCCUCUGCAAGUAAUUACCUGGUAGCAGUCUUCUUGGUGAUAAGAAGAGCCAAUCUCUAAUUUGGGGCAGGUUUGGAAGAGUUUGGGUAACUUCUAAAGAGCAUGGUCUAUCGGGGGUUCAUUAUAGGAAAGGUUGAGAAGAAGGGCUAACAGAUUAUUUUUAACUGAUCACAUUUAUCCAGACUCAGUAUAGCUAAAAGUUUUGUAGUUUUUCAUGUCAGUGAACUGAGUUCCAGUGCGAAGUCUACUUUCUCUCUCUCUUCCUUCCUCAGUUUUUUUAAUCUUGAAAUUUCUUCAUUUUUCUUUCCUCGGGCUUUUAAAUCUUUGUGUGACUCAGAACCCUGACUUUUAUUUAUUUUUUAUUUUUAAUAUUAAGUGUGCAGAAAUAUUUGCAGCACUUUUCUGGCUUAUUAGCUCAGAAAAACUGUGGUAGGAAAAACUGGAACUCUCCACUGAGGUUAAGUCCCUAUUUUUAAAAUACUGCAUUCUCUGCUAGCUUUUUGGUUUAAUACUUCCAAAUUUUUUCUUUCUGAUUAUUGCCUUUGUCUUCUAUAGUGAGCAUAGCAAAGUUUGGAAGUGAGGCAAGAAAGUACCUUCAGUAUCAUACUUUUCUCCCUAUUUUUGGAUGUAACUUCUAAAGAAUGCUGUUUUAAAUGUUUGUAUACAUUCUUUGAACACUCAAGUACCCAAACCAAUAAGAAAAGCUAAUUCUUUAUUUAUGACUGCUCUAUCUUUAGUGGCUGCCUCCCCUUACUUCCACAAUUUCCAUUCCAUGACAAGUUUGUGGGUAUACACCUUUGUGCGGACAUACCAUUUUUUCAUGUCCAAGCUUAUAAUAUUAAAAUGAUUUUUAAGAUGUAAAUUGAGCUUAAUUAAUUGGUUAUACCUUAUUUUAUUCUAAAUAAAUUUACAGUAUUGGGCUGCA